AUGGACGAAUUCGAAUUUGCCAUCGAUGUAUGUUUUCUAAAAAUUUCUAUGAAAAUAUGAAUAAAAAAAAAAUAAAUAUUUCAGUAUAUUGGAAUGAUUCCCAAUGAGAAUUAUGCAAAAUUAGAUGUUUUUGGAAGAACUGAUUUCUUGCGAAUUUUUGAUCGUGCCGAAGAACAAGGAGUUAUUCGGAAACUGUCAAAAACCAAUGUCGAUUUCACAAAUUAUUUAUUAGUUGUACAGAGCGACAAAAUCAAUGUGAUUGAAAAAAUAACAGUGAGAAGCAAGCUUUUUUCAUACUCAAAAACAAUAAUUAUUUAUUGUUUUCGUUUUCAGCAUGAAAAAAUCGUUGAAGUUGGAAUUCCCUUGAUUUCUUCAUGUGGUUGUUUAUCAGAAAAUGAUUUGACGAUAUUUUCAUUCAAUAUUGCGCCAUAUUCGGAAAAUCAAAAUUAUCGAGAUUUAUUGGUCAUUGCUGUUCCAAGUGAAGAACAUGCUCGAAGAAUAUCAGUGAAAUUAAAUGAAACUUUUACAAGAUUUGCUGAUCAACAAUUGCAAAAUGCUUCAAGUUAGUUUUUCAUAGGUUUGAAAAAAUGUUUUGAAAAAUGAGAAGCGUGACAAGUUAAGAUCAGUUCGUCUUAUGUUGAAAAAAAGUUGUAUAAGUUCGGUUGCAAAACAUAUGACAUCAAAAAUCAUUUUCAGAUAUUGCAUAAAUUAACCAUUCGAAUUCAAAUUUUUUGGAAUUUUUCAAAGAUCAAACUGUAGUACAAUCAACCAGACUCACAGGCUCAGGCGCAGGCUGAGCGAAGCUCUAGACUGCGCCAUUUGGGAUUUACAUUUAUGUUCGGGCCCGUUUUUGAUAAAAUUAUCUUGGAUGCGUUUUUUUUUUGAAAAAUUAUUGCAAAUCGUCAAAAAUAGGCAAUUUUCAAUAACAAUUAGAUAUAUCAUAUCAAAUUUUCAUCUUCUUUUUCUUCUUGCGCAUUCUCAUUUUUCCUUCUUCUCUCUUUUUUCGAGAUAUUCUCUUUUUAUUCAUUCUUUCCAUAUUUCGAACAUGUUGUUUCUCUUUCUUCUUCUUUUUCUUUUGCAUCAAUAUGAAAUCAACAACAACAAAAACGAGCGAGUAUAAUAAAUAAUAAAUAUUCCACUUCCAAAUUUUAUGUUUUUUUGUUGUUGUUAUUUUUAAUUCUGGACUGGACUGGUCUCGCAAAAAAUAUUUCGAAAAAAACAUACCAAUCCUAUUAGUCUCUCUUUUUCAACGUUUUUUUUAGUAAAAACUGAAAAAAGUUUGUUUAUCAAGGCAGCUGUUAUUUGGGUUCUUCUAGUCGUUUUUUUUUCAACAUUAGUAUCGUCUAGAUUCUAAUUUUACUGAAAAAUAUGAGAAUUUGAAAAAAAAAAUUUUUCAUCUCAGACUUUUAUCUUUUCUCAAAUAUAUUUCGAAUAUCUUCUUCUUCUUCUUCUUCUUCUUCUUCUUAUUUUUUUCGGUCCAUUAGUAAUUCAAAUAAACACCUCGUCGUUUUUCUCGUUUUAUUUUUUCCAGCUUUUCGGCUUACUGCUACAUGUCUAUGUAAAUGUAUCAUUUUACAUCGUUUUCAGCCAAAUUGAGAGUAGUUACCAUACUUUUUGGAAAAUAACAAUGAAAAAUAAAAUCAUUGGAUUAGUCAUGCACGAUUAUUUUUUCACAAUUUCAUCUCAUCAUUUUCCAUAUAUACGUAAAAAUUCUAACUUCCUUCUUGUUUGACCCUUUUUUUUUGCAAAUGACAACAAAAAGUCUUAUUUAUUGUUGUUUGAAUGAACAGUAUCAAUCUUUGUCUUUCUUUUUUCUCUCGUUAUUUUUUCAACAACCCAUAUUUUUCUCAACUGAAAAACAUGUUUUUUUUUUGUGUUUGCGUCGAUCAAAUCAAUGUUUGUUCAUUUUGAAAAAUGAAAAUAAUUGUAUUUUUUAAUUAUUUGAUUUUUUAACUCUGUUUGAUUUUAUCUAAUCUAACUAACUUAAAAAAUAAUAAUAGAGUAAAUAGAUGUUUUACAGGAAUCGCAAAGUCGUAUUCAACUUCGAUUGAAGCGUGAGUUUUUUCCAUACUUUGAAACAUUCUGACAAAAAAGUUCGCGAAUUCACUGAACAGUAACUUUGACAGUAAAAAAUAUACCCCAAGAGUUAUUAAUUCCAAAAAAUCCUACUCGCCCAAAAUAUGUUUAUGAAACCAAAAAAAAUGGGGUGCAAUUUUUCCACGUCAAAACUAUAUUUUGGGCGAGUUGUGUGAGGUGUACCCUCACUUUUCCGGAAUUUAAAAUGAUCCUUUUUUUAUUGAAAUUGAAUCCUAAAUUCCGAAAUUGUAUACAUUGCUGUCUUUCGAAGUUCCAUAUUCAACAUUAUGGCAAUCGAAAAUUGAUGUGUUCCAUUUGAAAAAUCCAAAUUUAUGCCAUUUUUACGAAUUUCUAAUUUAAAGUCCAUUUGUCUCUGAAAAAUUCCCCCUAAAAUCCAAUUUAUUUUUUGUUCGUUUCAGUUCAUCUGCUCCUCUCGACACUCCUUUAACCGAUUCAAGUCAUCAAUCAUCAGUUGUUAGUAAAGCGAUAAACGAGGUUAGUCAAUUAAUUUUCUUCGCACAGAAAAAAUGUUUCACCUGCCAUUUUGCACUUUUCUCUGUAAUAAAAAACAGGUGAAAAUGUUGACUGAUUUUUGAAUUUUUCACACAAGAAGUUUCUUCAUUUUGUUGCGCCUCGUUUUCUUUGCCCUCCGAUAAUCCGUUUGUCUAACCGUCUGAGUCUCGUUUGCAUAGUUUUUUCUUGUGCCGCCUUUUUUGUUUAUUUUUUUUGCGUCGUGUUACCUUCCUUCCUUUCAACUUUUUACUUUCUUUUCUAUUUUUUCACACUUCUGACCUUCCUGUUUUCAAAAGUGUUCCAGUUUUUCCAAUUUCAAAAAAUCCCAUCUAUUUUUCUCUUAAAAACAUUCUCUCUCAUUUUUCUAGAAGCGGAAAAAAUAUAAGAAAUAAUUUGUCUGACGUAGUUUUUUUUUUGCUACUGACUGACUGAGAUUAUUAGUUUUUUCAACAAAUGAGAGGAGCGACAGAGGAGGAUUUGGGAAAGGAGCGGAUUUUCUUUUUUUUUUUCGUUGCUCUCGAAAAAAUAUAUAAAUAUUGUUAUUAGUUGUUCUAGCGUUUUUAUUCUGACUUUUUUCGUAUUUUAGGGCUGAAAAUUUAUGAAGCCGGAAUUUUACAGCAAAAUUGUUUUCAAAAAAUACAAAACAUGUGAAAGUGUGAAGUUUUCAGAAAAAGAAAAAAUUAUUUUAAGAUUUGAAAAUCUGGAAUUUUUCGUGAAACUCUAAAUAAAUAACCAAAUGUUCUCAAUUUUCCGAAAAAAAAUUGAAAAUUUUGCACAUCUUUUAUGAUGCAAAGAACAUGAUUUCAAAAAUCAUUCUCAUCCUCAGAAACAAUUAUAUGAAUUCAUCACAAAAUUUUUCAAUUCAAAAAAAGUGGAAUUUUGGAGCUGGCUCACAUAUUUAUUCAGAAAAAUUUUGAAGAAGACAUUUUCUCAAAAUCUAUGAAGAAUGCAAAAGCUUGCAAACAUUUACAUAAUUUCCAAGAAUUAAUUUCGAUUCUUAGAAAUAAUUCCAAAAACAAUUUCCUAUUUCUUCACACUCCGACUUUUAGUUUCUGAUCAUCUCAAGCUCUUGCGUUUUAUCGAAUUAUAUUGCACAACUUUAUUCUAGCAACCAAUUUUUGAUCAUUUCCUUUCCUUGAAAAUCGUUCAACUCAAAGAACUAUCUUCCAAUUUUCCUCUUUUCAACACACAAAAAUAUUCAAAUGACUAGAACAACAAAUUGUAACUCUCUCAAAUGCAAAUUUUGUGUUUGCGUCCUUCCAUUUUUUGUCCACAAUUACUUUUUUCUUCGCGCCGCAGAAGCACAACAACUUCUUCUUCUUUUUUCUGUCUUUUUCUCCUCUCUCUUUGAAUCCAAUUUCAUUUUUUCUACUUUUACUUCUACUUCUAUUUCAAGUUUUAUUCAUUCUCGUUAGGUUAGGUCAAGUUACAUUUCUUAUCAAAGAAUCUCACGAUUUUUGCAGGUUUUGUCAUGUCUCCGACCAGAAGAAGUCCCACAUUUUCGAGAGAUUAUUCGAAAAUAUAACAGCGGUGAGCAAAAUGUGAAAAUUUUUGCUCAAAAACUUAUUGAGCUACUUGGCCCUGCGAGAAAGAAACGACUCUCAUGUGAGUUUUUUUGGGAAAUUAAAAAAUAUCGAGGGCCACAAAAAUUGUGUUUUUUAUUGGAUCAAAGCGUCCAAAAAAUGUAGCUUGAGUUCUAAAUUUUUGGAACUUCGAAAUAUUCAGAAAAAGUUUUCAUUCGAUUUUUAAACUUAUAGUAGUCGAAACUUCAACAUGAAAAAUCUGGAAAAAAAAGUUUCUUGUCUGGAUUUUUGGAACUCUUAUUUUUUGGAUCACACUAAGUUUUUCCAUUUUCAGACCUCAAAUAUGUUUUACGAACCGAAGACGUUACACAAUUCGACUCGGCGAUUAUAUAAGAACAACAAAAACGUAUAAAAAGGUUAGUUCAUAUAAUUUGCCGUAUGAUUUAUUAUGCUGUUCUCUUUUUUUCAGGAAUUUUCGGCUGCUCAACAACAAACAUGCAUAGAUUUUUUUUUCACUUUUUUUUCUUUUUUCCUCGCAAUUUAUUCCUCUUUUUUUUCGCUCAUUUCAUCUCGAAAAUGA